AUGGAGCUGCCUCCCCGCGGCCGGGCGCCGCCGGGCUCGCCGCUGGACAGCGGUUCCCUGAGCUCCCUGGACUCCAGCGUCUUCUGCAGCGAGGGCGAAGGGGAACCCCUGGCGCUUGGGGACUGCUUCACGGUCAACGUGGGCGGCAGCCGCUUUGUGCUCUCGCAGCAGGCGCUGUCUUGCUUCCCGCACACGCGCCUUGGCAAGCUGGCCGUGGUAGUGGCCUCCUACCGCCGCCCCGGGGCCCUGGCUGCCGUGCCCAGCCCCCUGGAGCUCUGCGACGACGCCAACCCCGUGGACAACGAGUACUUCUUCGACCGCAGCUCGCAGGCGUUCCGCUACGUCCUGCACUACUACCGCACCGGCCGCCUGCACGUCAUGGAGCAGCUGUGUGCUCUCUCCUUCCUGCAGGAGAUCCAGUACUGGGGGAUAGAUGAGCUCAGCAUCGACUCCUGCUGCAGGGACAGGUAUUUCCGAAGAAAGGAGCUGAGUGAAACUUUAGAUUUUAAGAAGGACACAGAAGACCAGGAAAGUCAACAUGAGAGUGAACAGGACUUCUCACAAGGACCUUGUCCCACUGUCCGCCAGAAGCUCUGGAAUAUCCUAGAGAAACCUGGGUCUUCCACAGCUGCCCGAAUCUUUGGGGUCAUCUCCAUCAUCUUCGUGGUGGUGUCCAUCAUCAACAUGGCCCUGAUGUCAGCCGAGUUAAGCUGGCUGGACCUGCAGCUGCUGGAAAUCCUAGAGUAUGUGUGCAUUAGCUGGUUCACCGGGGAGUUUGUCUUGCGCUUCCUGUGUGUGCGGGACCGGUGCCACUUCCUUAGGAAGGUGCCAAACAUCAUAGACCUCCUUGCCAUCUUGCCCUUCUACAUCACUCUUCUGGUGGAGAGCCUGAGUGAGAGCAAGACCACACAGGAGCUGGAAAACGUGGGGCGCAUUGUGCAGGUUUUGAGGCUGCUCAGGGCUCUGCGCAUGCUAAAGCUGGGCCGACAUUCCACAGGAUUGCGCUCACUUGGGAUGACCAUCACCCAGUGUUAUGAGGAAGUCGGCCUACUGCUCCUAUUUCUAUCUGUGGGAAUUUCUAUAUUUUCAACUGUUGAAUAUUUUGCUGAGCAAAGCAUCCCUGGCACAACCUUCACAAGUGUCCCCUGUGCAUGGUGGUGGGCCACAACAUCCAUGACUACUGUGGGAUAUGGGGACAUCAGACCAGACACAACCAUAGGCAAAAUCGUGGCCUUCAUGUGCAUAUUAUCGGGAAUCCUUGUUUUGGCCUUGCCUAUCGCUAUUAUUAAUGAUCGAUUCUCUGCUUGCUACUUCACCUUGAAACUCAAGGAAGCAGCUGUUAGACAGCGUGAAGCUCUGAAGAAACUUACCAAGAAUAUAGCCACUGACUCAUAUGUCAGCGUUAACUUGAGAGAUAUCUAUGCCCGGAGUAUCAUGGAGAUGUUGCGAUUAAAAGGCAGAGAAAGAGCAAGUACUAGGAGCAGUGGGGGAGAUGAUUUCUGGUUUUGA